CAAAAUUCAAUUCAAUCUAGCCUUUGUCAUUGGAAUCGCAUAACGUUACCGUUGGUGAAUGAUCAAAUCAACAAGGAGAACGUCUUUAAACUAACCUACAAAACGCACUUCUAUUUCUUUCGUACCGACAACCAAUAUGCAUUCAUCAGGUGGAUCGAAUCAAUUCGGCAAGCAAGUCUGAAUUCCACUCCAUUGGAUGCGUUAACUUUACUGGUUUCACGUUUUUCAUAG